UAUACGGCCUUAAAAAUGGACUCACUGAAGGAAACCUUUCUCCUGCUCAAAGACAACAUUAAACUCUUAGAACAGGUAGCAGAAGUAAUCUUCCGGCACAUGCGUUCAGAAUUACGCAAGGAUGCAAUCGAACCCGAUCUUCUCCGAGUAGUUCCGAUCCUACUCGAGUGUCCAGCCUUCGACAGACCGGAUAAAGAGUGGGGUGAUCGAAUCAUCAGAGAAAUGGCAGAAAUCUUGAAACGGAUGCAUAAAGCUACGAAGAGGAACUUCGAAGUGCUUGUUUGUUGGUGGAGUAAGGACUCGGAUCUUUUAGCCAGAGUGGUUAAGGUCUACGUACAGGCAUUCAGGAAUGACCUGAAGGAUUAUCUGGACAACACUGCGUCGAAACCAUGUGAUAACCUAUACUUAGAUGUAUUGGUACUCUUGAGACAGAUCAAUACAUCGCAUGGGUACACGAUUCCCGUGAAUCAGUUUUACAUCCUUCAACCAGGAAAUGAAGAAUUAAACAGGAAGAUCGAGAGGCUUAUUCUUCAGCUUCAUCAACAGCAUUUGCAACUCCCUCACCUGCGUCUCCUUUCAUUAGCUAACGUGCCAUGGGUACUGGACGUACCUCUGAAGUGGGAAAUGCUGUGUAUGGAGUUCGACUCUGCAUGUCAGCUCCGACAGAAGGAGACAUUUCUACUAAAAUUUGAGGAAGUUUUCGGAAGAGGAUCAUGCCUUAUGUUGGUAAUUAUCUUAAGAUAUCUUAAGAUAGACUUGGAACCAUUUUACCUUCGAUUCGAGAUUGACGACGACAAAAAGAAGGUUGUUGAAUCGGCUAUCUCGGAGCUAAAAGGUAAAGAUGAAACGUCUCUCAUGCUCCCGAUGGAAGUCCAUUUCAAGGAUAAUGUGUCUUUGGGUCGAAAUGCUGGUGGUCCCAUGAAGGAAUUCUUUUCCCGACUGUUCGGAGAGCUGUUCAAUGUUAAGAAGCAUUCCAUCUUCAAGAAACUCAACGAUUCUCCUUCGUGUACGACAUUGUGGUUUAACAAGGAUUCUAAGGACCUGGACAAAUUACGAUCAGUCGGGACGCUGUUCGCUCUGAUGUUCUACAAUAAGGUCAUCGUCACAAUGCCGUUUCCAUUUCUUUUCUACAAGAAACUGCUUGGAACUAGCCCAUCCAGUUUGGAAGAUCUGAAACUACUAGAUCCCGGGAUGGCGAAGGGCAUGGAAACAUUGCUAGAGGCGAGUGACUUUGAGCUUUCCGACUACAGAUUUACAGUCGAUGGACCGGUGAACGAACCGGAGAUCGAACUCAAACCAGGAGGCAAAAACGAGGUCGUGACCACGUCAAAUGUUCCAGAGUACAUUGAGCUUUACGCCAGGCACUACACAGCGUCCUCCCAGUUCGAUGUAUUCAGUGAGAGUUUUCGGAGUAUGUUCGGUCGUUUAAGUCUGCACAAACGUUUCGCACCGCAAGAGCUGAUGUCAUUAUUUCAAGGAGGGGAAUAUGAUUGGAAGGCCUUUCAAGAAAGCUUUGGUUAUGAUGAGAAAGGCUACACAGCAAACCAUCGCGUGGUCAAGAUGUUUUGGUCAGUGUUCCAUGGUGAUCUCACUGAGGGUGACAAAAGAGACUUUCUGAGAGUCAUGACAGGUGCUGACCAUGUCCCCAUUGGUGGAAUCCAGGAGGUUAGACCUAGGAUGUGGCCAAUGGGAGGAGACAAAGAUUGUAAGGGGAAACCCCCGAAGGACAUGUGCCCUGAAGUGAAUACAUGUCAUGGUUUUGUCGUGCUCCAUCUCCCGAAGUACAGGAAAAGAGAGCAUCUAAAAGAACGACUCAUGAAGCUAAUAGAGAUGAAAGGGCAUGGAUUUCAUAAAAUACCAGAAUAAACCUUGGACUGUCGUAAAGACUUUAACAGUCUCGUAUUCGGACAUUGACUUAUUAUAAAUCAAUAUAUAAUAUCUUAGUUAAAGAAAAAAAUUCAAAACUGGUUAAUGAAUUGUCCUGUUGGGUCAAUGAAUAAAGAAAAAGUUAAGAAAUUGUAUGGAAUCCUAUCUGUCAUACGCGGUGGCACUAAAUUCGGUCACAGCGACAAAUCGACCUAUUUUGGGCCACUGGGAAUAAUGUAAUUGAAAACUUUGUUUUGUUUGGUAUUGGUCUCGUUUGUGUGACUGAGCUGAGACAACAUACGACAUAAACAAAGAAUGGAAUAUAUUGAAAUGCCUGUCAUUUUCUGCAUCAUACAUAAAUAACAUGAUCCAUCGUUUUAAUUGAAUUGAAUUGAAUUGUACAACAUUAGACUUUCUAUUAUUUAGAAGAUUCGGUCGGUUUUUGUUUUCAAAGUGGCCUAUAUCGUGUAGUUUUAUGCAUUUUGAAUCAUAGCAUUCAAAUGACUAUCCAUUCAAGUUGUCUGAGAUGGAGGAUAUGGUAGUUAUUAAGAUUAAGUUUUGUUGUUUGUUUCCUCAAUCGUAAUUGUUGAGUGCGCUUCGCUAUCACAAUAUAAACAUGUAACGAAGGCAACAACAAGGCGACUAUGAGGAUGAUGAGGAUAAGAAAAAGAUAAAGACAAAGUUAGACAAGUUUUGGUUGCCCUUACAAGAUGCUCAUCCAUUUUAUAUUUCUAGUACUUUGGCACAGCAGAGCACACUGACAUAAUACAUGUAUAGCUGAAUACAACCAGCUAGUCCAUGAAAUUGAGGUAAGCAACAAGUAGAAGUUAACCAGAAAACAGACUACAGAAAUUACUGCAUUUUCACAGUAGAUCUGGUUAUGAGAUGGUAACGAAGGAUUUGAUUAAAUUUGAUGUAAUAACAAGUUGCUCAGACGGUGUCAAACAUGUCUUGUCUAGGUGAGGUUAUAAUCACAUGGAUAUGCAAUAUGUAAAAUAUAACUAAUUUUGAUGAUUGCGAAUAAAAUCAUAGAUUUUAAGACAGAUUGUAUUGCAGCAAUACGCCGAUUUGCACAUGUAUAUAUAUAUGAGAAAAUAAUGUCAGAUGUGCACCGUAAGCUUUAAUUUUUCCUCUGCGUCGUACAGAGUACUACACUAAACAAUUAUACACUGAUGGCGUACUAAAAGUGUUGUAUAUUCUCGCAGUUAUGUAUAUAUAUACUUCAUUAAACUGAUAAUCCAUAUGAAAAUAUCUUUCAACAAUUAUUUUUUAUCAUCGUGUAUUUUUCUCCACAAGGCGCCAUGUAGGCCUAUUGUCUUGUGAGACAUAGGCGCGGUUUCUUCACGAUGAUUUUUAUAAUUCAAAUAUAAUUAUAAUUAUGAUUGAAUGUAAAUGUCAUUUUGGAUUAAGAAAUUGUCAUUGCUUGUAUGUGGUUAUGGGGGAAUACAACAUUUGAAUGCCAAAUG